UUGAAACUUAACCCCACAUUUUCUGAAGCCAUGUCAAGCUCUAGAACCUCAUCAGAUACACUACACACUCCCUCCUUCAUGAAGGGAUAUGAAGAAGCAAACAACAACAAUCAAAACCAGAACCAAAUAUGCUUGUCUACACUUCUCCAAAGAAACACAUCAACAUCAUCAUCAUCAUGUGGUGAAAAAAGAGGGAGAAGGAAACAAGCAGAGCCAGGUAGGUUUCUUGGUGUGAGAAGAAGACCUUGGGGAAGAUAUGCUGCUGAGAUCAGAGACCCUACAACCAAAGAAAGACAUUGGCUUGGUACCUUUGACACUGCUCAAGAAGCUGCUCUUGCUUAUGACAGAGCUGCUUUGUCCAUGAAAGGAAACCAAGCUAGAACUAACUUCAUCUAUUCUGAUAACAUCAACUUCCAUGCUCUUCUCACACCUAUGGAUCUUCAAGCUCUCUUGCCACCACCACCUCCUCCUCCUCCCCCACCAUCUUCUUACACUAAACAACUUGCACCUUCCAAUCAGAAUAAGAUUAAGAACAGUAAUAGUAAUACUAAUGUUGUUGCUGCUGCAUAUGGUUGUUCAGUUCAGGAUGAUGAUAACUUGUUCUUUUCAACAACUGAUCAUCAUAGUAAUAACAACAACUCUGGAUAUCUUGAAUGCAUAGUUCCUGAUAAAUGUUUCAGGCCUACUGCUACUACUACUGCUGAUUCAAGUUCCAACAGUAGUUGUUCAAACAACAACAACUACUCAUCAAGAAAGAGCAAUGUCAGUGAAAACUCAUCAUCAUUCUCUUGUGAUAAUAACUUUCCAUCAGACUACUUUUGUUAUCCAACAAGUGAAGGGUUCUCAUCAUGGGAUUGGAGCUGCAGUGAGCUUUCAGCUAUAUUUAACAAUUCAUCAUCAUCAUCAUCAUCAUCAAGAAGGGUAUUAGAAGGAGGAGGAUGCAUGGAUGCACUGUAUCCCAUCAUAACUGAUGAGAACAAUAAUAACAAUACAAGCUUCUAUGAUGGGGUGAUGAUGAAUAAUCAUCAUAAUCAUCAUAAUGCUGCUUCAUCUUCUUCAACAAACUGCUCAGUAGACAUGGGAUACCCACUCUUCUGAUGAUGAGGGUGCAAUGUGAAUUGCAUUGCAUUGCAUGUGUUUGUAUGUUUCUUCUUAUUAUCUUCCUUGUAA